CCACCACCCGCCGGUCGGCUCGCGUCGCCGGCUUCUCCCUCACCGACCACCACGCCCCCACCCCCACAGCGCUACCACCACGAGCCGCCAUGGCCUCCUCGUCCUCCACCUACCUCGUGCUCACCUGCGUCCACGCUUCUCUCCCAAGGCCACUGCCGAGCCUCCACGUCACGAGAAUCGCCUUGGCCGGCAUCACCAGGCGCUCCACAGCCGGUGCCCCUCUGUUUGCCAGCCCCGCCGCGUGCCGCACGGGAGAGCGGCGCAGGGGGUGGGCUCAAAUAUGCCGGGACUCCUCGCUCCAGGGACCUCCCGGCGCCGACUCUCCUGCGCAGGACCAGGAGGAUAAGAAGAAGAGCGAGGCAGUGGCGGCUGCUGCUGCACGGAUUGCGAGUGGCGGUGGCGGCGGUGGGAAGCUGAGCGACUGGACCACGUCGGUGCUCAUCUUCGGCAUCUGGGCGGGGUUCAUGUACUACAUCUUCCAGCUCGCGCCCAACCAGACCCCGUACAGAGACACAUACUUCUUGCAGAAACUUUUAAAUCUGAAAGGUGAUGAUGGCUUUCGAAUGAAUGACGUUCUUGUUGCUCUGUGGUAUAUUAUGGGCAUCUGGCCGCUAGUCUACAGUAUGUUGCUCCUUCCUACUGGUAGAAGUUCCAAAAGCAAGAUCCCUGUAUGGCCAUUCCUGGUUCUUUCAUGCAUUGGAGGAGCAUAUGCUUUGAUUCCUUACUUUGUUCUAUGGAAGCCUCCACCUCCUCCUAUUGAUGAAGAUGAAAUUGAACAAUGGCCAUUGAAAUUUCUUGAGUCAAAGUUAACUGCAGGAGUGGUAUUUGCCCUGGGCAUUGGACUGAUUAUAUAUGCAGGCAAAGCUGGAGGUGAUGAUUGGAAGGAAUUCAUUCGCUACUUUAGGGAGAGCAAGUUUAUUCAUGCCACCUGCCUUGAUUUCACUUUGCUCUCUGCCUUCUCUCCAUUCUGGGUCUACAAUGACAUGACAGCAAGACGAUGGAAAAAUGGUUCAUGGCUUCUGCUGCUUGCGCUGAUACCUUUUGUGGGGCCCUCACUGUAUCUUCUACUACGUCCAUCACUUUCUUCUCUGCUGGCAGCAUCUGCUUCAUCAUCUGAUGAAAUUGAGAAAUAACUGGUGUCUAACUUAGAACCAGUGAAGAUUUUGGUUGUGAGCUGAUGACAUGUGUAAAAAGGUUGAUCUGGCAACUGAAUUUGCCAGCCAAAUGCUAUUUCAAUUGGUGAUUUGGUGAAAAUGCACAAUUUUGCAUAUCACUGCUGUAGUGCUCAAACUGGAAAGCAGGUCUGGACACUGAAGUCAUAUUCAACAUUGUCCGCAUCUGGGCGCCUGACAAAUUAUCAAGGUUAUACUCAAGGAGUAAUCAGCGAUGUUUCAAUCCAUGAUGAACAACAAUGUAUGGUAUUAUGCAGCAAAGUAUUAGGACAUUAUACUGCUAUAUUCUGCUCUUGUGUACUCCCUCCGUUCCAAAUUAUAUGUCAUUUUGACUUUUAU